GCUGUGGUCGAAAUCACACACGCGAAAGUACAAUUCAGAUCCCGAGCUUCACAUGGCAGCUCGCCAACUUCUCUUGUGGCUUCGGAUGGACUUGUAUGACGAAGCUCUGUGAGCGUUUGCGCUGCAGAGAGCGCUCACGAGGGGGCGGGGAAUGGGGACUGCUGAUGGGGCUGGCGGAGGCUAUAGAGGAUGUGUUUGGUGUUGAAGAUGGCGGGGCGGUGGUACGGUGGAUAUAUCGCCAACCCCACAGGUCAGAGCGGGGGGUGAAGGAGGGGUUGCUGCUGGGGCGGGCGGAGGUCAUAGAGGUUGCUGCCAUGGCAGAGCUGCACGGGAGGCUGCAGGUGAAGCUGGGUGAGGCCCGGCUGCUGGGUUCCCCGUGGCGGUUUUUGAGGAUGGCCGGGCAGAGGGAGGAGGAGGUGCGUCCGAAGGUAGAGCAGCGGGAGAAGGCGGUAGGUGGUGAGAGGAACGUAGUCUAA